CACAAACUCCGACGAUCUCUUUAUAAAAUCAAAAAGUCUAGGGCACGCCGGAAUCAUUCGAAGAAAACGUCAACAAAGCGAUGGCUUUCAAUAGCGGUCUCCGAUCGAGCCUCAACCUCCUCAGGUCAUCCGAAUCCGCAUUCCUCAGAUCAGGAUCGAGAGGGCUGCACGCUACUGGGGCCAAGAGCAUGGGAGGGCACGAUGAGCCCUUUUACUUGCACGCGAGGCACAUGUACAACCUCAACAGGAUGAAGCAUCAGAAGCUGAAAGUGUCUCUUGCUGUAUUUUCUGCCUUCAGCAUUGGUGUUGCUGUUCCAGUCUAUGCUGUGGUCUUCCAGCAGCAGAAGACUGCUUCAGGAUGAACUUGGAUUGCUGUGAAAUAAAGUGAAGCGGCUCGCAGUUUUCACUUUCAUUGAGGGGGGGUAAACCGAACCAUAGUAUUUCAUUUUUUUUUUGAACAGAAGUUUAGAUUUCUCUUUUCUUUGUGGAAAGAUUUGUUUGUUUCAAUAAUUGUUUUUUUUACGAGUUCAUUGUAGAGCUUGCUGGUUUCAUCGUUUCGUUUCAAGUAAAUUGCUCUAUAAGUUUUAGCCUCGAAAUGAGGAAGCCUUCUUAACUUUUUGUCUGUUGAAGUAUUUGGAGAAGUUCCGGUGCAUCUUUAAUGCC